ACUUAUGGGUCGGAAACCGUGCGUGGGGGAGAUUGUUCCAAGAUGGCGGCCGGUUGCUGCGGGGUGAAGAAGCAGAAACUGUCCAGUUCGCCCCCCUCUGGCUCGGGUGGCGGUGGUGGCGCCUCCUCCUCCUCCCACUGCAGCGGAGAGAGCCAGUGUCGAGCUGGGGAGCUGGGACUAGGAGGCGCCGGUACGCGGCUCAACGGGCUGGGAGGUCUCACUGGGGGAGGUAGUGGCAGCGGCUGUACCCUCUCUCCCACCCAGGGCUGCGGCAGCGGCGGGGGGAUUUCCCUGUCGCCACCUCCGAGCUGUGGAGUGGGGACCCUACUUUCCACCCCGGCCGCCGCCACCUCUUCCUCGCCCUCCUCGUCGUCCGCUGCCUCGUCUUCAUCGCCCAGCUCCCGGAAGAUGGUGGUGUCAGCGGAGAUGUGCUGCUUUUGCUUCGAUGUGCUCUACUGUCACCUGUACGGAUACCAGCAGCCCCGGACCCCCCGGUUCACCAACGAGCCCUACCCACUGUUUGUAACAUGGAAGAUUGGUCGAGACAAAAGAUUGCGUGGAUGCAUAGGUACUUUUUCUGCCAUGAAUUUGCAUUCUGGACUCAGGGAGUACACACUUACCAGUGCCCUUAAAGAUAGCCGUUUUCCCCCAAUGACAAGGGAUGAACUGCCACGGCUCUUCUGCUCAGUGUCUCUGCUCACUAACUUUGAAGAUGUCUGUGAUUAUUUGGACUGGGAGGUGGGUGUACAUGGCAUUAGAAUAGAAUUCAUCAAUGAAAAAGGAUCAAAACGCACCGCCACCUACCUACCGGAGGUUGCAAAGGAGCAAGGAUGGGACCAUAUUCAGACCAUAGACUCCUUACUGAGGAAAGGAGGAUACAAAGCUCCGAUUACUAAUGAAUUUAGGAAAACCAUAAAACUGACCAGGUACCGUAGUGAAAAGAUGACCCUGAGCUAUGCUGAAUACCUUGCUCAUCGCCAGCAUCAUCAUUUCCAAAAUGGCAUUGGGCAUCCCCUUCCACCAUACAACCAUUAUUCCUGACAAUGAGCCGCACAACCAGUCACUGGGCCUCUCUGCAGACCUCUUCCCAGUAGAUCCUACCCCUUCUUGGUCUAGCUAUCUCUUUUACUGUACCAUUUUAUGAUGAUAGUUUCCGUUGCCAUGGUGAAAUUUUGACAUAGUUAAGAUCAUCAUGGUAACGGGUAGGAAAAUGGCAUUCGUUAAGAUCAACUUCUAUUAUUUUACAUCAUUUUUUUGCAGCAUAUAUCACUUUGGGGGGUUUCUUUCCUUAUAUAGAAGUUUGCUUUGCUAUGUCAGUCAGAUUUCUAUCUUUCUGUUCAUCUUGCCUUCAUUUCCAGUCUUCUUUCCUUCAUUCUUUCUUGCCUCUCUCCCCUCCCUUUUCUUUUUCUUUUCUUUUUUUUUUUUUUUUGACUGUGGAUGGAAGAAAUUGUGCAGUUUUUAAGGAUUUUGCUUAGGUUUGUCUUUAAUUUUCUUUAGUAAGGUAAUUUUUCAUAGCUGAAUUUGGGAGUAAUUCAUAUGAAAUUCAGGUAUUUGUACGUUACUCUUGAAUUUGUUGAAAAUUAAUUUUGUUAUGAGAGCUUAGUGUGGGGGUCUUCACUCCUUAAGUAUAUGUUUUUACCAUGGUUAAAAUAUAUGAACUUUAGUUAUAGUGUAAAACAUUUGAAGGUUCAUGAUAGAUCUUGUCACAGAGAGUGAGAAAUAAAUCAUUUAUGACAUUGUGCUGGUUAGCAUAGGACAGACUGCCUCAUCACUUUAUUAGAACCAACUUACAAACUGAAACACUGUCUUAAGAAAGUACAAGGUACCUUUCACAUAUGUGUAAGAAUCAUUUUGAAAAGCAGCAAAUAUCAGGAAGAGAGCAGAUACAGAAUUUAGUGCCUUUGAGAAGAAUAUAAUUAAGUGGAAUUAAGAGGGGUUAGGAAAAAAGGCAAUUUAGAGAAAUAUUCUUGUAAACUCGUACUGUUUCUAUAUUGUGGAACAACAGAUUGGACAAAUUACUUUCUCUUAAAUAUUUUUUUAAGCUGAAAAAAUUAUUUUGAGCAAAUAACCAAAAAGAGACAUGUGUCUAUUGUGUAUUAAUUUCAAUUUGUUAGCUUUAGGUUUCAGUAAGUCAUGAUUGGCCAGAGACAAUUUUAGCUACCAUAUAAAGGAAUGGUAAAGAUAACCUAGUGAAACAAAAGUUCAUAUAUGCCAUGAUUUCAGAUGUUUGUAAUGGGGACAAUACUGGAGUUUUAGAAAUACUAUAAAAUAGCUUGAAUCUCUUUCUGCACUACAUACUUUUGAUAGAAACACAUUUACUAUGUUGAUAUUAUGUUACACCUAUAAAAAUGGAGUUGGCAUUUAGAGAUGAUGUAGUUGUUAGUGCUGAGAUCAUUUGCAGGUUUAGGCUUCCCAUGAUGCAGUCAAAGAGAACUUCCUAGUGUCAGUAGGAGGUCUGUAUGUACAUCCCCAGGAAAAAUGACAGAGGAUUUUGGAGAAAGAUUACCUUCAAUUUAUGGUAGUAAAUGUGUGUAUGUGUGUGUGCGUGCACUUGUACACAUUUUUUUUUCAAACAGGAAACCAAUAUGUCAAGUGAUGAAUAUAAGUAUUGUGCAGAAUAUAUAGUUUAAAAAUAUGAGAUGUCACUGACUAUCAAAUGGCAUAUCUUAUACAUAUAGUUGCUGUGACAAGUGACAGACUGCUAGUUCAGAAUUCCAAAACCUUUUUGUAGUUUGUGAGAUAAUUGGCUAAAUUCCUUUUGCUUGCCAUUGUGGCAAAGCAAUUUGCUUUAGCUUUUGGUGAGAGUUCUUACAAGUUUGUUGGUAUUCCUUCAUCCACAGCAUCUGUUGUUGAAACAACCAUCUUCAGUUGUGAUGCCUUAACUAAGAAGCCAGUUGUUAGCCUGAAAUGCAAUCUCGGUAGCCAGUUCCAUUGAACCUAGAGAUCAGUCAGACAAUACUAGCUGUUGGAUUUUAGAAGGGAAUUUUGAGUCCUUUCAUUUGUAGGUGGGAGCAUUUUGGAGCAGAUUAGUCUUUCAGUAUGAAAACAAGUGGCUACCUGAUGGAAACUUUUUCUUGCCCUUUUAGGGGAACUGAGCACAAGCUGAAUGGUAUUGUCUGCUGCAAAAAAAGUAAAACAAACUGAGGAGAGACAAAAUAGACCAAUAUUGAUCCAUCUUAUCCAUCAUCUCAUCAGUUCAACAGGCUCCUCGUCCUGGUUGAGCUCAUGGUUAGAAGUUUUUUCUAAAGAAAAGAUCUAUUACAUACAUAUAUGUGUAUACAUAUACUUACACAUACAUACAUACAUAUGUGUGUUUAUGUAUUUAACGGUGCUAAUCAAUCUUGAGCAGGACACGUGACUGGUCAUGCAGACUCUAAAAUCAUAUCAGAUUUUUAAAAUUUCUUGAUAUAUGCAGAUGUUAUACAGAUUUUCUUACCAGUGUAAUAAUGUUAUACUGAAGAAAUAACCAUCCUGCAGGCUUCAGAGGAUGAGGUCAGCAAUAUUUCCCACCAUGGCUUGGGGAAAAAGGAUAGUUUUGUCUCCUUUUGUAUUCAAAUUAAUGCACAGUGCAUUUUUGUCUCAAAGUAGCUGUUGACUAAAAGAUUUUGUAGUGUAAAGGUGUUCUACAAACUAACAGCGUGCUUCAAACAAAUGCUAGACGCUCACCUUUGUUGUAUAUUACAAAAUGUUAAAUAAGUGGUUUGAAUUACCUUUGAACAUGUUGAAAUAUGUAGCAUGUGUUUUUAACUCUGACAAAGAUUCUAAUUGCACAGGUUGUGUUCUAGCCAGUUGUGGUUUAUUUGUUCAGAAACACAAAUGUGAAUUGCACUCAUCACCAGUAUAUUGUAUAAGUUCAGUGAUCUUUAAACAGCUCAGAAGUAAUACUUGAACUUCAUUUGAGUAGCACAAAGUUUACAUAGCCCCCCUUUUAAAUGUUAAUUAGUUCCAUUUAUGUUUUCCAUUUUCAAGUGCAACUGGGUAUUUUUCCUCUUGGAAAAUAGUAUGCAUUUUACUUUGAUAUGUAGCAAAAGGCUUCCAUUUCUGGAAGGGUUUUCUUGUUCUUAAACAAGGUCAGCCAGGUACCAGAUUCUAAAAGAACAACCCCCCCCCCCCCCCCGCAUUAAGUGGCCUUCUGACUGCACGAGAAUGUGCUACUACUCUUUCCAGUCCCCUUUACUAUGAAAGGUCGAUGUAAUUGAUGGAGAAGUGCAAGGCUUGCUCUUUUCCCCCACCCCACUUAAAGCAGUUACAAGAUGUUCAGCCCCGUGCAUACAGUCCCAAUGCCCAGCACACCAGGAAUUUGUAUACUGGCCUCUUUUUAUGUCUUCAAAUGUGCAGGAAAUUUGAAAUUGUCACCUGGAAUAGGUUCCAUCUCUUGUGUGUGUUAGAUCAAACCAAAGAAGCCCCCAGCCAUGCCCAAAUGCUGCUCCAAGAGCCUGCCUUCCAGUCCUUACAAAACCUUGCAGGAUUAAAUGUGUUAACUUUUUUAUUUUUGUACAGUUUCUAAGUGAUUUUUGCUAGUGGUGUUAAAUUGAAUUAAGUUUAUUUGGGGGUGGGAACACCUCCUCCAUUUAAAUAAACUGGUGACUUUCCUUUUAUUUUUUAAAAGCAGAAACCCAUUGUGUGCCUCUCGAUUUAAGGGUUUCUGAUUACAUUAUUCUUAAGACCAGCAUUUAUCCUUUAUAUACAAAGAUAUGUUUUUCUUGUUUUUUAUUACUGUUUCAGAAGAAAAUAAACCUUUUAUUUUGCUCUAGACCCAGUAACUGCGCUGGUACAUAGAAGCACUGAGAAAACACUUUUGUAACCACCUCUGACUGUUUUUGUAUAUCAAAGUUGAUUACUUUUGAAAUAUUUGGAUCUAGUUUCUAAGUUAUUUUAGUGUUUUAUAUGUUCCCCAAAAUCACUUUGAAUUGGUCACCAGCAUAAUGAAUAUUUGGUGAUGUCACGGUCAAACUUGUAAUGAGCAAAAGCUGCCUGGGGUAGCUUUUCCUUCUUUCCUAGGAACCUGUGUUUUGAUUACAGUAUGACAUCACAGAUUACCUGAACCCCCUUCGAGUAUAACUAGAUACUUCUUCCACAUUAAUUGCUUAAUAGUUUGAUGAAACUAUUGGAAAUGGGCAUUUUAUAUGACAUGUAUGGCUUUAAAAUAUUUAAAAUGAGCAAAAGGAAAAAAUGAGAAGGUUUAUGUGGGUCUGGUAGGUAUGGCUGUGGAAAGAUAUUGCAGUAGUUUUGACACUAUUGUUAUUACCUUUAAUAUCAUUUACCCAAUAAAAUGUUAAAACUGA